AUGAUGGUGGUUCUGUAUGUUGAUGAUGCUGGAAUCGGUGCCAAAGAUCCAGCAGACAUUGACAAGCUCAUUGAGGAACUCAUAGAACUCCAAUUUGAACUAAAGAAAGAAGGCGAUUUCAAUGAGUUUCUUGGCAUAAAAUUUGACAAACGCAAAGACGGUUCAGUUGAACUCACCCAGACUGGUUUGAUUGACAAAGUUUUGGAAGCAGCCAGAAUGACUGACUGCAAUCCCAAUCGAAUCCCCGCUACUGGUCCCCUUGGCAAAGAUCCUGAUGGUGAACCUAUGAAUGAAGAAUGGAACUAUCGAUCAAUUGUCGGAAUGUUAAUGUACCUCUCGACAAACACACGACCAGACAUUACCUUUGCUGUCAGCCAAGUGGCACGAUUCUCCUCUGAACCAAAACAAUCUCAUGGAACCGCUGUGAAAACAAUUCUUCGUUACCUGAAACGCACUUGCACAAAAGGCAUGAUCAUCAAACCUACCGGAAAACUGAACCUUGAUUUGUUUGUCGAUGCCAACUUCUGCGGACUCUACAACACCGAACCUCACACUGAUCCAAACUCCGAUCGAUCACGCACCAGGUUUAUUGUCAAGUUGAGCAAUUGUCCACUGAUUUGGCGCUCCCAGCUACAAACAUCCAUCACUUGCUCCACGCUCGAGGCCGAAUACAAUGCUCUCUCUUCUGCUCUAAAGACCUUAAUUCCAUUGAAGCGUCUUCUCAUUGAAGCCACCGACCACGUUGAACUCAACAACGGCAUCCGCGCCACCAUUUGGGCCUCAGCUUUUGAAGACAACCAAGGAGCAUAUUUUCUGGCCACCAAUCAAAGAAUCACAUCUCGCACCCGCUGGUAUCUCAACAAGUGGCACUGGUUCUGGCAACACGUCAAGGACGGUGUUGGCUCAGAAACUGUUGCCAUCCACGAGCUGGACACAUUGCUCCAAGAUGCUGAUUACUUCACAAAGGCACAGUCUUGUGAACCUUUCAAGAGCAAUCACUUUUGA